UUCUCGGCGGCGGCUGGUGACCGAAAGAACCCGGGACCGAGGAGUUUGCCAAGAUGCUUUCGGAUUCCUAAAUCACCCUGACGAGACGUUUGGGGAGACCAAGCCGGCCGGCGAGCAGAAGGCGCAGAAGCGAGGAGGAAUCGGGGCCAAUGCAGCAGCAACGAAGGCAGCCAGAGUUAGUGGGAGGAAACCUUCCCGUCUUCCUCUUCCCCACGGAGCUGAUCUUUUAUGCGGACGACCAGUCGACCCACAAACAGGUCCUGACUCUCUAUAACCCCUACGAAUUUGCCUUGAAAUUCAAAGUUCUCUGCACAACCCCAAAUAAAUAUGUCGUGGUUGAUGCGGCGGGCGCGGUGAAGCCUCAAUGCUGCGUUGACAUCGUGAUCCGCCACCGAGACGUCCAACCUUGCCACUAUGGCGUGAUUGACAAGUUUCGGCUCCAGGUCUCCGAGCAGAGCCAGAGGAAAGCGCUGGGGAGGAAAGAGGUCGUCGCCACGCUUCUUCCGGCGGCGAAAGAGCCGAAGGAAGAGGAGGAGGGCAGGAUCACGGAGCACCUGGCAGAGAGCGUCUUUUUUGAGCAGGCUUUAAUAACCAGGCAUUGGUUCAAUCAAAACCCUGUGUUAGAAGAAUUAGAAGGCAGGUCUAUCAGUUAUUCAUGUAACAUGAAUAACAAUAGUCUUUAA